UGAAUCUGAAGAUUUGGGUUGGGCUGGAUUGGUUGAAAAAGAAAGAAUCGGGCAUGGACUCAAGCUCUGCAACAAGUCAAAAUCCAUUCGUUCCACCAACCACCAUCGCUACCCGAUGUAUGUCUGCACUGCAGAUCAAUAGCCACUGCAAGAUUUCUGGUCUUAGACUUUAGAGCACACCACACCAGUAUGGCUUCCGUGGUGAUCUCACGUAAGCUCUCUCAUAAGUUACUAAAACCCUCUCUUUCCUCGUCUAUUUCCUCCCUUUUGAUCUCCCAUGGACCCCAAAACCACCCUUCCCUUGAUUCUAAUUCCAGUCUUUCUCGACAACCAACCUUAAAAACUAAUCUCAAUAUCUCUAAUUCCUUUUCAAGCUUUCCUGCUCGUUACUCCACUCUGGAACACCAAUCACUAAUAGAUCCAAAACCCCCAAAUCUUACUCUCUAUUUUAUUAGAUCGUACUCUCGUUCUAGUACUAAAACCAGAGGACAUGACUUUACUCGUUCAAGUUUUUUUUCCGCAUCUGCUAUUGGAAAAGCCCAAAAUCCAGUUAAAACCCCUGAUUUCAAUAAAAAAGGUUCUAUUUUUACAAAAUCCAAGGAUUCUAGUUUGGAUAGUGAGCUGAAAAAUCCUAGAUUUAUUAGGUUGUUGAACCUUAAACCCAGAUAUUUUUCAAGUUCAAAUUCACCAUCAGAAUCCGAUAAGUCCCAAAACCAAAGCGAGCAUCCAAGCCAAAUCCCUGAUCUGAAACACCAAGAAAUUGAGGGACCAACUGUAGAGAGGGAUCUCUCAGCUUUAGCCAAUGAGACCAGAGAGGUUUUGGAAAGUAUGAUGAAGAAUAUUUAUGGUCUGAGCAGGGCUGUUGCUGUGCUGGGUCUGGUUCAACUAGGAAUUGGAGCCUUGAUUUCUUAUGUUACAAAAGCAACUCCCAUGACUGAGGUGUCAAUUCAAAGUUUUGUGGCCUUCGGAUUCCCUUUUACAUUGGCUUUUAUGUUGAGGCAAUCAUUGAAGCCAAUGUACUUCUUUAAGAAGAUGGAGGAGCUAGGAAGGUUGCAGAUUUUGACUUUAACACUUCAGGUUGCUAAAAACUUGAAUAUCUUCUUUGUGAGGGUUCGUGGGGUUUCCUUUUUGUGCAUUGCGGGGAUGUCAGUUGGGCUGUUGAUCACUUCGUUGUCAAGAUGAUUUCUUCCAUUUUGAUUAUCAAGUCUCAGUUAUCAUAAUAAUAAAUGUUGAUUCUCAUGGUUAGAUUUUCUUAAAGAGUCUUUGACAUUGUUGUGUUUGCUAUACUUCGUAAGAUGCCCCAGACAGAAAAUUCUUGUCAUGGUGGUCGCGAUUUUGGGUACGAAUGUGCCUAUUAUUUUUGGCCAGGUCUAUUUGGGCUUUGCUGUUGAAUACAACUCUUAUGUAACAGAUUCGCCAUCAUCGCCAUUUUGAGCAUGGGAGUAAUGAUUUGAUAGCUAUUAGGGAAGUCUGAAUGGUAUCCGUCAUUAUUUGUAUUUGUAGCCCUACCAAUAACGGGAUUUAUGCUUUCUAGCUCCUUUGGGAAUUCAGUCUUCGUGCAACUCAGCUUCAUGGGUAUAAGGGUUUUGAGUUUUUAAUCCCUUAGACAUGUCCAUUGGCUGAUCCAAUAAUAUCAGCCAUGUCUGGACUCUUGGUUCAUUUGUUAGUCAGUUGUUGUUCAAACAUCCGAACAGGUUUAAAUAGUUUCUUUCCCUAUCAACCUGCUCUGGCGUUGGACAAUGCAGAAAGAUAAGAGGGACUAGAAAGGAUCGGGGGUGGGGUUAAUGGUUUGGGGAGCGAUUGCCGAGA